GGUUGUCCUGUUUUGGGGAGGAGCAUCUGGCAACGUGCUGCACGUCCAUCUCAGUGCCAGUUCUAGCAGUGCUCUCCCUCUGUCUGUUACCAUAAGAAGUCCCUCACAUCGUGUUAAUUUUAAAGACAACCAUGAUGAUGGCGGCAGCUGGCAGGACCUCCACCAUACACGUCUUAUCCGUCAUUCCUCGCCUCUCACACCUGUUGAGACUAAAACUACCUCAUGUUGAAGUAGUGGAAGUUAAGCUCCCCGGCAUUUUAUGGAUGUGAGAUGUAUCGGUGGUUACUGAGCCCGGGCAGCGGAAUGAUUUGUUAUUGAGAUGCGGGAAACGCGAGCCACAGCAUCGAUGAAGUGAUGGAUGAUUGUUUCCAAACAACAGUUAAUAUAUAGGACUAACCCGCCGGGAUGCAUAGUGCCGAUGCGGCCAUAUCUUCUCACGUCCAAAUGCCUCAAAUUUCACCAUAUCAUAGAAAUGCAGAUGGGAGGUUUUUGAAGAAUGUUGAGGAAGAAGUUGAUUUACAAGAGGCACAAGUACUGCUGGCAGAUUUUGACCUCUUGCUUCAGGUGACAGACAGAUUACCACAACUACAGUGGGUACAAGGAACAUGGGCCGGUGUAGAGUAUAUGGUGGACCAUUAUAAGGAUAAGCCAAAGCCUUCAUAUCCAGUCACACGCAUGACUAGUGAACAUUUUAGUCAGCUCAUGGCAGAGUACAUAGUGGGCUGGAUCAUCUUUCAUGAGAGGAGCUGGCUGGCUUCUCUGCAGUAUCAGCGUAAAAGUGAAUGGGUACAGAAAGACAUCAUCAUCAACUAUCGAAGCCUUUGCGAGAUGACAGUUGGCAUCCUGGGUAUGGGGAAGAUUGGCAAAGAGGUUGCCAAGAGUUUAAAGGCCUUCAGUACCAGAGUGCAAGCCUUCACCCGCACUGCUCCCUCAGAGGGUGACGAGUGUAACAGUGUCGACAAGUACUGGCACACUGGUGAGUUGCCGUUGUUUCUACAAGAGUGUGACUACAUUGUUAACAUCAUGCCGUCCACUCCAGCUACUAGAGGGAUGCUGGGAAGUGACACCCUCGAGAAGGCAAAGAAGGAUGCAGUGUUCAUUAAUGUUGGUCGAGGAGAUGUUAUCAGUGAGGAGGACCUUGUAAAAGCUCUUGAUUCAGGAUGGAUAUCUGCUGCAAUAUUAGAUGUGUUUUCAAAGGAACCAUUACCAAAAGAGAGUCUUCUUUGGCAACAUCCAAAGGUGAUGGUGACUCCACAUACGUCUUGUCCAAGUCGUGCUGAGGAUGUUAGUAGUGCAUUUGUUGACAACUUCACACGCUACACUCAAGGUCUUCCUGUCUUGAAUAUCAUUGAUUGGAACACAGGCUAUUAACUGAUUGUUAUACAAGUUUCAAAUGUUGAAUGAAUUAAUGUUUCAUGUUAUAUAAAGGGUGUAGCAUAGGUCAUGCAUGCACCAUAGGAAAAUUGAUGUUCAUCUCUUCUUUGUUCCUCAGGCAAAUGAAGCUUAAUACUUGUAUAUCUAUGAAAAAUAGGUGAGUGAGGACCAAUCAAAUGGUUACUGAUGUCUCAGGACCUCAUACCUCUUGAUUUUUUCCUCUGGGACCACUUAGAUGCUUCUUGCACGAUUUUGGUAGACUACACAUUUCAUGUGACCCCAGAGGAAGAAAUCAGUGGUCCUCUCUUGACCAAUCUUAGUUGAUUUGUUACGAUUCCUUCACCGGAGGAGGAAAAAAAAAGAAAAUAUGAAGAUUAAUUUUCUAUUGUCUGUAACCUAUGACACCCUGUAUAGCAGUGGUCCCCAACCUGCAGUGCCCCCAAAACCAUAUUAUGGAGCCCACAAGGGUUUAUUAGAAAAGUAUGAAUUAUUUGUGAUUGUUUGUAAAAGUGAUAUUAAUGAAAAUAUUUAAUAACUUGAUACAAUUGUAAUGUACAGGACGUGUGUAUUUACCCCAGACUGGGCCCAGAGAGAGAGCCAGCCUUCUCACUGGGGUAAAUACGCAUGUCCUGUCCAAGAUUAAAUGUAAAAAGUACUUACCGGUAACUGGUAACAGUAAGACGUUAAAACAGCAAAUAACUGUACAGUAUAUAUGUAGAUCCAAAUUUUUGGCACCCUCCACUAUAUUUACAAUGAUAAAUAUGGCUCAGAGCCUACAAAAGGUUGGGGACCACUGCUGUACAGUAUGGUGUGUGACCUAUGACACCCAGUAUAGUAUGGUGUGUCACCUAUGACACCCGGUACAGUAUGGUGCGUGACCUAUGACACCCGGUAUAGUAUAGUGUGUGACCUAUGACACCCUGUACAGUAUGGUGUGUGACCUAUGACACCCUCUACAGUAUGGUGUGUGACCUAUGACACCCUGUACAGUAUGGUGUGUGACCUAUGACACCCGGUAUAGUAUGGUGUGUGACCUAUGACACCCGGUAUAGUAUGGUGUGUGACCUAUGACACCCGGUAUUGUAUGGUGUGUCACCUAUGACACCCUGUACAGUAUAGUGUAUGAUCUAACAUCCUGUAGAGUAUGGUGUAUGAUCUAACAUCCUGUAGAGUAUGGUAUAUGGUCUAACAUCCUGUACAGUAUGGUGUAUGGUCUAACAUCCUGUAUAGUAUGGUGUAUGAUCUAACAUCCUGUAGAGUAUGGUGUAUGAUCUAACAUCCUGUAGAGUAUGGUGUAUGAUCUAACAUCCUGUACAGUAUGGUGUAUGAUCUAACAUCCUGUACAGUAUGGUGUAUGAUCUAACAUCCUGUACAGUAUGGUGUAUGAUCUAACAUCCUGUACAGUAUGGUGUAUGACCUAACAUCCUGUACAGUAUGGUGUAUGAUCUAACAUCCUGUAUAGUAUGGUGUAUGAUCUAACAUCCUGUAGAGUAUGGUGUAUGAUCUAACAUCCUGUAGAGUAUGGUGUAUGAUCUAACAUCCUGUACAGUAUGGUGUAUGAUCUAACAUCCUGUACAGUAUGGUGUAUGAUCUAACAUCCUGUACAGUAUGGUGUAUGACCUAACAUCCUGUACAGUUUGGUGUAUGAUCUAACAUCCUGUACAGUAUGGUGUAUGAUCUAACAUCCUGUACAGUAUGGUGUAUGACCUAACAUCCUGUACAGUAUGGUGUAUGAACAACUAUAUUUCUGAAGGUUUGUAAUGGUUCUUUUGUAAAGAAUAAAAUUUUACAGAAUUACA